AUGCCACGUGUCACUGGUAAGGGAAAGUUGUAUAGUGUCACUAUAACGCACGUGGACUGGUCAAAGGAUCAAACGUUUUAUUGGCUUGAUCAGGAUGAAUGUGUGAAAAGAUAUUUAGUCAGUGAGGAAUUUCAUGAUGAUUUUUUGGCUCGUCAUCACCACGUUUUUAUUGAAUAUAGCGAAGAUGUUAAUUUGGAGUAUGUGCGUACUUGUAUUCGUUGUUUAUGUGAUGAUUUGUCGAUUGAUGUGGCAGUAUGUAAGAGUGUUCGUAGUUGGCUCAAGUAUUGUACGAAGAAUGAUUUCAAUCCUGUUCGUAAAGCGGUGCGUAUCGAUGAGUGUUCGUUUGGUGUUCAAUUAUGUGAUCAUGUUGAGAAUCAUUAUUUGGGUCGGUAUCGGAAUGAGAUAGUUGAGCAACGUGAUGCGGUGUUACCGAAUGUAUUAUGUGGUUUUACCAUGAGGUUCAAUUAUUGGUUUGAUAGUAAGAAGGGUCAUAUGUAUAUGUGGCGUGUACCUGGUAUUGGCAAGACGGAAUUAGCUGAUUUCCUUAUGAAAGGUGAAAAGGUUUGGCGUCCUAGUACGGUGAAUCAAUAUAUGUGGUCCGGUUUGACGGAGGAACAUGAGUAUGUUUGGUUUGAAGAUUUUCGUUUGGUGAAUUAUCGGAGUGAAAUUAGCAGGUUGUUGUCGUUGAUGGAUGGGAAGCCUGUAUCAAUUCAAGGGAAAUACAAGGAGGAUCAACUGAUCGUUACCAAGGCUCGCUUUUUAUUUACGUCUAAUGAACAAGAUGAUGUUAAUUAUCCAGAGUUCAGCCGGCGUGUGGAGGUUUUAGGUGUGGAUCAUCAGAUGUUUUGUUGUCCGGGUGGUGGUGGGUGCGGGGGUGGGGAUGUGACUGUGAGUAACCCGAGCGGAUUAAUGCGUGAACAUAUGAAUCGUGAGAACAUUUCUCUUGUUUAG